UUUAAAAUAGCUUGCUGCCAAGAUGUCAGUACACACUUCGCAUAGCAGGCACAACAUCGGUGGCCUGGAGGUUUCUGCUUCACAGAAGAUUUCAGCAUCGAGUGGCCUCAUCCACAGCAGCCGACUGGAGCUGCACCUGAAGUCAGAUAUGUCAGAGUGUGAAAAUCAGGAUCCAUUACUGAAUGCUGGAAGUAAAACCAUAGACAUAAAUAGCACUUACGUUAUCUCUGCCUGUAAAAAAACAAGAGAGCCGCCCGUGACCCCUGACCCCGGGAGACUGACCCUUCAGAGAAGGGCUACUUGGAACAAAGAAUCCUCUUUACGUGGUAGUGACUUGGGGGACACUACUAGAAGAACAGCAGACACCAGUCUUAGGUUACAACGUCGGCACGCUAAAACAGAUUAUGUGGAAAAGUGGGAGACGUUGAAUCCUGUGGGAGGUAACCCAGGAAGUAACUCUGCUUCACAGAAAGCAAGGACAGAAGCAAAGCUUGUAAAUAAUGACACCUGUGUCCUGUCACCUGUAGUUUCCAUGAAAGACUCAAAUGACACCGGGUUGACGAAGUGCAAAGACCCAUGUCCUGCCCUCGGAGCCUCUAAUGAAAAGGUGACAGCUAAGAACCCAAACAGUAGAGCACUUGGUUCCCAGUGUCAGACUGAAGCUAUGAGAUCAGGGCACUUAGUGAGGCAACCGACUGAGAGCAAGCCAGAUACCCAAGUGUCCGGAGGAGGAGACUCACACCAUGGAAAUGCUGGGAAGGACACUGCAAAACAUGUCAGUACAUUCGGAAGCUCAGAAACAAGGACCCCGGUGAAAUGUGUUCCAGCGCACAGAUCGACACCAAGGCAUGACCUGCCUCUACCUAAAAUCACAACUUUAUCCACACUGAAAAACAAUGGGAAAGACACUGCAAAACAUGUCAGUACAUUCGGAAGCUCAGAAACAAGCACCCCGGUGAAAUGUGUUCCAGCCCACAGAUCGACACCAAAACAUGACCUGCCUCCACCUAAAAUGACAACUUUAUCAACUCUUAAAAACAGGAUUGCGAGCCCCCAAGUUAAACCAAGGCCAAAAAGUUCUCUUCUUGCAAAUAAAAAGGAAAGCUCACGAGAAAGCACCCUCCCUCCAGAAGAAAAAAGUACAGUUCAGAAUACCUUUACAGAACCAGACUCCUUAAAAGUAGAAAAUAGUCAGGUGACAGUGGCAGUGCGUGUGAGGCCUUUCAGCAAAAGAGAGAAGGCUGAGCAAGCUGCCCAGGUUGUCUUCACGAAUGGGGAAGAAAUAACCGUGGAACAUCCCGAUAUGAAACAAGUUUACUCUUUUAUUUACGAUGUUUACUUUUGGUCUUUUGAUGAAUGUCACCCUGGCUAUGCUAGCCAGACAACUGUGUAUGAGACACUGGCUGCACCACUCCUGGACAGAGCUUUUGAAGGCUAUAAUACCUGUCUCUUUGCUUAUGGCCAGACUGGCUCUGGAAAAUCCUAUACGAUGAUGGGGCUUAAUGAAGAACCAGGAAUAAUUCCAAGAUUUUGUGAAGAUCUCUUUGCUCAAAUAGCCAAAAAACAAACCUCAGAGAUCAGCUACCAUCUUGAAAUGAGCUUCUUUGAAGUUUAUAAUGAAAAAAUCCAUGACCUUCUGGUUUGUAAAAGGGAAAAUGGGCAGAGAAAACAACCACUGCGAGUGAGAGAGCAUCCUGUUUCUGGACCGUAUGUUGAAGGCCUGUCAAUGAAUGUUGUCAGUUCUUACUCUGAUAUUGAGAGCUGGCUACAACUGGGAAGUAAACAAAGGGCCACGGCGGCCACCGGCAUGAACGAUAAAAGCUCCCGCUCUCAUUCCGUAUUCACCCUGGUGAUGACGCAGACCAAGACAGAGCUUGUGGAGGGGGAAGAACAUGACCACAGGAUCACGAGCCGCAUAAACCUCGUCGACUUGGCUGGCAGUGAGCGCUGCUCCACGGCCCACUCGAGUGGGGAGCGACUGAAGGAAGGUGUGAGCAUUAACAAGUCCUUGCUAACUUUGGGGAAGGUCAUAUCUGCACUCUCUGAGCAAGCAAACGGAAAGAGGGUUUUUAUUCCAUAUCGUGAAUCUACUCUUACAUGGCUAUUGAAAGAAAGCCUGGGUGGCAAUUCAAAGACAGCGAUGAUUGCUACCAUCAGUCCCGCUGCCAGCAACAUAGAGGAAACGCUGAGCACGCUCAGAUACGCCACCCAAGCCCGCCUGAUAGUCAAUAUCGCCAAAGUCAACGAGGACAUGAAUGCUAAGUUAAUCAGAGAGUUGAAAGCAGAAAUUGAGAAGUUAAAAGCUGCCCAGAGAAACAACCGGAACAUUGAUCCUGAACAGUACAGACUCUGUCGGCAAGAGGUAGCAUCCUUAAGGAUGAGGCUGCACCAGCAGGAGAGAGACAUGGCAGAGUUCCAAAGAGUAUGGAAGGAAAAGUUUGAACAAGCUGAAAAGAGAAAACUUCAAGAGACAAAGGAGUUACAGAAAGCAGGAGUUACAUUUCAAAUGGACAACCACUUGCCAAACCUUGUUAAUCUCAAUGAAGACCCGCAGCUGUCGGAGAUGUUGCUGUACAUGGUGAAGGAGGGCGUGACCACAGUUGGAAAGCACACACCACACUCAAGCCCUGACAUCCAGCUAUCGGGGGUGCUGAUUGCCGAUGCCCACUGUACUAUCAGAAAUUUUGGAGGAACAGUGAGUAUUGUUCCAGCUGGAGAAGCAAAGACGUACGUAAAUGGGGUGUGCAUCUCCGAGCCCACAGUAUUACAUCAUGGUGAUCGGGUGGUUCUUGGUGGAGAUCAUUAUUUUAGAUUUAAUCAUCCAGUUGAAGUCCAGAAAGGAAAGAAAACGUCAAGUAGACAUAAUUUCACAAGCGAAGGCCCAAAAGAUUUUGAGUUUGCCAAAAAUGAGUUACUUACAGCACAGAGAUCUCGGCUUGAAGCAGAAAUAAAAGACGCACAGUUGAAGGCGAAGGAAGAAAUGAUGCAAGGAAUUCAAAUUGCAAAGGAGAUGGCCCAGCAAGAACUUUGUUCCCAAAAAGCUGCAUAUGAGAGCAAAAUCCAGGCCCUGGAGGCAGAGCUGAGGGAAGAGUCUCAAAGGAAGAGACUGGAGGAAAUAAAUAAUCAAAAAGCUAGCCACAAGAUUGAGGAGUUGGAAAGGGCGAAGCAGCAUCUUGAACAGGAAGUGUACGUGAACAAAAGGCGACUGGAGAUGGAGACCCUGGCCGCAAAGCACGCCUUAGAAGACCAUAGAAUCCGACAUGCAAGGAUCCUAGAAGCUUUAGAAAUUGAAAAGCAAAAGAUCGCUGAAGAAGUCCAGAUGCUUCAGGAGAAUCGGGGAAACAGGGAGAAAACUCUUACCAUUUCACCAACCUGGAGCUCCAUGAAACUUUCCACGAUGAUUCAGGAGGCCAAUGCCAUCAGUGACAAACUUAAAAACGGCUAUGUUUUUGGCAGACAUGAUGCAUCAGACAAAGGUCAUUCUGAUACCUCUGUUCGAGUUCGUAACCUCCAGCUCGGGAUCUCAACUUUCUGGAGUCUGGAAAAGUUUGAAUCUAAACUUGCAGCAAUGAAAGAGCUUUAUGAGGGUGACAGUGGUAACAGGGGUGAGGAUGUCUUUUGUGACCCUGCAGAUGAGUGGGAACCCGACAUUACCAGCACUCCUGUUUCUUCUCUCUCUAAAAGGAGGAGCAGAAGUUUGAUGAAGAACAGGAGAGUCUCUGGCUGUCUGCAUGACAUCCAUCCGAUUCAGAGUUUGCAAUCUUUACAUUCACCGGGAUUAAUGGAAAAACCAAACACCAUUUACUCAAAUUCUUCAGAAUCAUCUCUUCCUGGAAUUUGCAAAGAAAUGAUUGGCUCAUCGAUAGAUUUCCUUGGACAGAGUUUCGAUGGAGAAAUAACUAUAGCAGAUAGCCUGAUAAAUAAUCUUCUUAAACUUUAUAAUGGGGUGAUUGCCAUCUCCAAAGCCCAUGAAGAACAGGAUGAAGAAAGUCAAGAUAACUUGUUCUCUGACCCGGAAGCGCAGGCUCUUACCAUCCAGGUUACUUGUGCCUUUGAGCAGCUUGUGGUUUUGUUCAAACACUGGCUGGGUGGUUUUCCACCUUGCUCCAGCUCAGCGAGGCUUGAAGAUGAAUUGAGAGAAGAUAUUAAAAAACUCGGAGGCUAUUUGCAACUGUUUUUGCAGGGAUGCUGUUCGGAUAUUUCAUCGAUGGUAAAAGAGGCUCAAAACAAAGUCGUCGAGAUUAUACAGCAGGCUGUUCGGCGUGUGGGUCAGCUAGCCGUUCUGAAAGGGAGCAAGCUCUGUGUUCUAGAAAACAGCAACAAGCUCUCCAGUGCCCAGGAAUUCAUGGCUGCUCUCCAGGAAGGCACAGCCUCGGGGAUGCAGAGUCUCUUAGACUCUGGGCUGGAAGCUGCACAGGGGCUCAAGCAGGACCUGUCCAGGCAGAGUGCCCCAGAGGAGGUCGCCAAGCAGAUGAAAGCUAACACCGUGGACCUGGUCGGCUCUCUUGAAAAUGCCUUCGCUGAGUGGAGGACGAAAAGCUUCAGAACUCAAGUACAAGAAGAUUCUAGACAACAAGUUUCCAAGAUUUUAACCCUUGCAUCAGAAUUCUUGAAGCUGAAGUCUUGCUUGCAACAAACCAUUGAGAUGAUUGUAUCUGCGCUGAGAGGGUGCCCCAGUGACUUGCACUGUCUCAGAAGCUGUACUGAAACUAUCUGCGGCCUGGCUCGCAAGCUCCACAGUGACUUCAGCGCACUCUCUGCCUCUGUUGGUGGCUGUGGAAAUGAACUCCCUCGGGCUAACUGUGAGGAACUAGAGUCUCUAGCUAAAUCACUCCUCCUGUGUUUUGAAUGUGGAGAAAGCCCUGGCUUGUUGAAACCCUGGGAAUCUUGCACUUUGAGUAGCAAGGAAGAGCUAUGCAAGUCAGACAGGGCCGACUGCAACAGAAGGGUGCCGAGCCGAGUUCAUGAACUGCACGGAGACACAACCCCAACGGUGUCCUCUGGGGACUGCACCCCCAAUCGGAUUCAGUGGGUAUGAAGCCAUUGUGCAGGCACUUGGUGACCAUCCAUGACCAAAAAGGACACUUGGCAACACCUUUCCUCAUGCAG